AUGCAUCACUGCGCUUUGUUGCGCAAACUCCUGGCUAGGCGUUCCUCCGUCGGCUUCGCGCUUGAUACGACCCGCAUGCCCACAGUGAUCAAGCGAGACGAUGGAGGUUGCACGCUCAGUGGCUCUCUGAUUGGAGAAGGCGAUUGCGGUCCGUUGUCCGGCACGUGCAACGCCGUGAGUGUCGACAUCUACGCCAUCUCGGUAGACCCAUUUGGCAAUUGGCAGGAUGGCAGUGAUACACGCUUCUCGACUCAGCUUGUCAAGUUCGACGCCGUUGCCAAAUUGUACACUUUCAAUCUCUACGCCCAGCUCAACUGGUACGAGGGCCACGGCGACAACGGUUGCUGCGGUAAUCCGGUUGCCGUGCUUCCGUAG